AUGCGAAUUCUGCGUGUUACGUGGAAAGGAUAUAAAAAGAUAGCAGAUCAAACUGUUGUGAAGUCAGUAUCUGGAGUUACACCUGUUGAGUUAAAAAGUGGAUUUGAUUGUUCAAUGGAAAGUAGCAGUGAACGACUGCACAAAGUUCUUCCAUCAUCAUCGGGUAGUAUCGUUAGUAACCAGCAAAAUGUUACUAUUUAUGCUCGAGCGAAACAUACAUUUAAGGGGCGAAACAAUGAUGAACUUUCUUUUCGGAAAGGUGAUGUUAUCACUGUAACACAGCAAUUAGAUGAAGGCUGGUGGGAGGGAACAUUACAUUCAAAUACCGGAUGGUUUCCGUCAAAUUAUGUAAUUAUUAUUCAAGAAUCUGAAAGAUUUUUGCGGUUUCGAAGUAAUGGAGUUGUCACCUCAAGUGGACAUCUUUCAUCUUCUGAUGCAAUGAAGGAGUCACCAUUAUUUUCAAGUGAUACUAGUCGGCAAGCAUAUCGAGAACAGGUGAUUCAAAGUUUCUUGGAGGCAGAAUCACGUUAUAUUGAUGGCAUUACUUCAUUUAACAACGAUACAUUAACUAGAAUCAGAGAUUCAAAUAAAAUUUCUGACAAAGAAUUUAAAAUUCUUGCGGGAAAUUUACAUAUUCUUGUCGUACAUCAGCGUGACUUAUCAAUUGCUAUCAGAAAUGCGGUUGAAAAGGAUUCCUCCAAUGCAAGAAUCGGUGGUUUACUGUUAAAAGCAGCGCCAAAUUUACGGCAGCUUUAUAGGCAUUACUGUGAAAAUCAUCCGAAAGCAGUCGAUCUUGUACUCAGUAAUAAAAAUUAUUACGAAGAAAUUCUUAACGAUAUGAAUCUGUUAUUAAAAGACCUUAUAUCUGGAUUGAGUCGCCCAUUUCGACAUUUGGAAACAUAUCCAAGUGUUCUUAAUGAACUGGAACGUGGGAUGCACGAAGGUCAUCCUGAUCGAGGGGAUACUCAGCGUGCUGCUGCUGUAUUUCGUGAUAUUGCGAACUAUUGUGGAGCGUUACGAAAGCAGAAAGAAAUGCAACUGGAACUACUUUCUUCUGGCUUUAUUGAUGGUUUAUCAUCAGAUGAAUUAAAAAAACUCGGGGAUGUUUUAUACAUGAGCAUUGUUUCUGUAGACGAUGUAAAAGCUUCUACUGAAGAAGGAUUAUCUUGCGAUCGAUGUGUCAUACUGUUUCCAACAAUUAUGGUUAUUCUAGAAAUCACCUCGAACGUAAAUUCUUACAUUCUGAAGAAGAAAAUUUUCCUUGAUAAAUUAACACUAAAAAAAGCGGAAAAUAAAAUGACACUUAUUCUGUGCAACGAUAAUGGUUCAUUGGAAAUAGCAAUGAAUUUUUUAUCGAAUGAAGAACUGCAGAGAUGGACCGAAGCUUUUGCUUAUUGUACUAAUUUAACUAUUGAUGACUACUGUUGCGAACUUUCACCUUCAGGACCUCAAAAAAUUGAUCUAAACAGCAUAUGUAGUAUGGUGAGUUGA